CGCGGGGCCGGCGCCAUGGCGGAGGAGGCGAUGGAGAGCUACCUGUACGCCGCCUACCACCCCUACUCCUACCGCUACCCGCCGCCCAAGGGCAAGGCGGGCGCGGCGGGCGGCUGGCGGCCGCGGGGCGGCUACUUGCCGGGCUACGGGGACGCGGCGGCGGCGGCGGCCGAGUACUUCGACAACUACCAGCGGGCGCAGCUGAAGGCGAUCCUCUCGCAGGUCAACCCCAACCUGACGCCGCGGCUGCGCAAGGCCAACACCAAGGAGGUGGGCGUCCAGGUCAACCCGCGGCAGGACGCCUCGGUGCAGUGCUCCCUCGGGCCCCGCACGCUGCUGCGGCGGCGGCCCGGGCCCGGCGCGGCGCCGCGGCCCCAGGAGCCGGAGCAGGAGCAGGGCAGCCCCGCCACCACCGACACCCGCGCCGUGCGCUUCCCCCGCACCAUCGCCGUCUACUCGCCCAUGGCCUCCCGCAGACUCACCACCUUCCUCGAGGAGCUGGACGCGGAGCCGGAGCGGCGCCCGCAGGACGAGCCGCCGGCGGCCGUCGGGGAGGCGGCGGCGGCCGUCGAGGAGGAGGCGGCGCUGAGGGAGCAGCGGGAGGCGGCGGCGGCCGCGGUGCGGGCGAGCUGGGAGCAGCCCCCCGCGGAGAGCGGCGCGGAGCCGCUGGGGCAGCGCCCGCCCGCGCCCCCCGCCGCGCCGGGGCCCGCGGCGGCGCCCCCCGAGGGGGCCCGCGAGGAGGAGGCUGCGGCGGCGGGGGGCGGCGGCGCGGCGAGGGCAGAGCCGGCGGCCGCCGCCCCGAAGCGGGAGCCGGCGCAGGGCAAGACCCGCCUGCGCUUCCAGUUCCUGGAGCAGAAGUACGGCUACUACCACUGCAAGGACUGCAACAUCCGCUGGGAGAGCGCGUACGUCUGGUGCGUGCAGGGCACCAACAAGGUCUAUUUCCGGCAGUUCUGCCGGACGUGCCAGAAGUCCUACAACCCGUACCGCGUCGAGGACAUCACCUGCCAGAGCUGCAAGCAGACGAGGUGCACCUGCCCGGUGAAGAUGCGCCACGUGGAUCCCAAGAGGCCCCAUCGCCAGGAUCUCUGCGGGCGGUGCAAAGGCAAACGCCUCUCCUGCGAUAGCACAUUUAGUUUCAAAUAUAUUAUCUGA